AUGGAGGGUACCGUCAUUAUCACCGGUGCAUCUGGUUCGGUGGCUAUUGAAGCAGUGCAGCAGCUUCUCUCCUCCCAUCCGCACUUGACCGUCGUCGGCACCGUUCGAAAUGCAAACAAGUGCCCGAAAAGUCCCCAGUUACUCCGCUUGGAAUCGAUCAGGCGGCAGUACCCGGAGAGCAGACUCAUCCUCGAGAAUGUCGACCUCAACUCGCUCAAAGAUGUACGAUCCUUCGCGGAUAGGAUGUCCGGCCAAGUGAAAGCGGGAGAGCUCCCUGCAAUCUCCGCCAUCAUUUGCAACGCAUUCACCUGGUCAUUGGAACGUGGUCAGCAGUUUUCCACAGAUGAUUAUGAAUCAACAUUCCAAGUCAAUCACCUUGCGCAUUACCUACUGGUGCUGAAGCUUCUGCCCAGCAUGAAUCGAAAGGAUGGGAGCAAGUCUCCCCCCGACGGAAGCCUUGAAGAGUUGAUCAAACCUGGCCCAGACUCACCGGGGACAGAGCAUGAUAUGGGCUGGCGGCGAUACGCGAACAGCAAGUUAGCCAAUGUGAUGUUCAUGCAUAGUCUGAAUCAACGAUUGCAAAAUGGCAAAUUAUCCAAUCCAAUAACCGCCGUCGCAAUGGAUCCGGGUGCAGUUGUCGAUUCCCGAGCACAUCAAAUUCACCGCCGCUUCAUCAACAGACUGGUGUUCGCCAUGAUGAAAUUCUUACAUCCUGUACUAGCGCUGUUCACUCAUCGGUUCCGAUCGACUACAGAGUCGGCAAGAGACCUUACUGCUCUGGCUACGGAUCCAAAGUAUCAUUCCGCUCGAGGGUACUUUGAUGGACAAAAGGCGAUGGCGCCUGCGGCGGUUGUAACGGAGACGGAAAUAUCCGAGGUGCUGUGGUCAGAAUGCUGGGAUUGGGCAAAGAUGGAAGAUUCUGAGACUUGUUUACCCAAGCAUUACAAGCACAUUCUGUGA